CUGCUACCAUAGAUACUCCUUCCCUCUAAACCCAAAACCCCGAAUCGCACCCCCGGUCCUCCUCCACCCUCUUCAUGGCAGCCGCGCCGCUCCGCCGAAUUCCUCGAAGAAUCCCCUUCCCCCACAGAAACCACCACCACCACCUCUCCACCCUCCCCGAACCCACCUCUCCUCGUCCAUCCCCCUCCCCUUCCUCUCCCCUCGCCCGUCUCAAAUCCGCCAUCCACGCCGAGUCCGACCCCGAGCGCGUCGCUGAGCUCUUCCAGUCGGCCGCCGUCCUCCCCCGCUUCCACGCCCAGAGGCCCAUCUUCUCCCUCGCCGUCCAGAAGCUCGCCCGCGCUGGCCGGCCCGACCUUGUGGAGCGCCUCCUCGACCACCGCCUCUUCGACCCCUCCGCCCCCCGCUCCGAGGGCUUCCUCGUCCGCCUCAUCUCUCUCUAUUCCUCCGCCUCCAUGCCCGACCACGCCUCCCGUACCUUCGACCGCAUGCCAAGCCUCGGCGUUUCCCGCACCGAGAAGUCCCUCUCGGCGCUUCUCUCCGCGUUCCUCCACAACCGCCGCUUCGAUCGCCUCCGCGAUGCCUUCGAUCGGGCGCCCAAGGAGUUCGGCAUCGUCCCGGGCGUCGUGUCCCACAACAUCCUCCUUCAGGCCUUGUGCGAGAACGGCGAAGUGGAGACUGCCCGCAAGAUGCUCGACGAAAUGGCGGAGAAGAAAAAGGAUUUCGGAGUGGAGCCGGAUAUCGUCUCAUAUAAUACGCUGCUGUAUGGGUAUCUAAAGAAAGGAGAUGACGAUGGGUUCGAAGAGAUUCUAAAAGAGAUUGCCAACAGAGGAUUGGAGCCUAAUGUGGUGACUUUUAAUUGUAGGAUCUUGAAAUUUUGUGGGAAAAAUGAAAGCUUUAAGGCCGAGGAGUUGCUAGAUGUGAUGGUGUCGAAGGGGAUCCAGCCAAAUCUCGGUACCUUCAAUCCAAUAAUUGAAGGGUUCUGCAAAGAAGGGUGCACGGGCUCGGCUGUGAGGGUGUUCAAGAGGAUGAGAAUGAUGAAGAGGAUGAAUGGGAAGGAAGGGGUGUCACCGAGUCCCAACACAUACAUUGUGUUGAUUAGAAGUUUGGUUGAGAAGGGAGAGUUUGGUGAGGCGUUGAUGAUCUGCAAAGAGUGUUUGACUAAGAAAUUGGCGCCGCCAUUCGAGGUUGUGAAAGGAUUGACUGAUGGUCUCGUGAAGGAUUCCAAGGUUGAUGAGGCGAAGGAUGUUGUUACAAAGAUGAGGGAGAUACUUAAAGGUGAUGCUGUGGAUGCAUGGAAGAAUUUUGAAGGUGCACUCUCUUUGUAGGGUGCACUAAUUUUAAACCAGCAAGUGUUUGAAAGUUGUGCUCCUGCCAGAGUUGUCUUCUGGCAUUUGAAAUGAUAAAAGGAAAUGAUAUCCAAGGUGCUUAAUGUCAAACAUAUGUAGGUUUAGCUUUUACUUGCGGUUUGUCUUUUAUGUAUUCAAAUUCGGAGAAUUUGCUUCAGUGAAGCAGCUGGUUUGGUAUUGUCAACGCAAGUUUCAAACUUAAUCAAGCAUUCGAAGCUUUAUUGGUUUCAUAAGA